CAAUUCUCCCCUUUGAUCGAACCGGCUCGAGCUUCAUAUUACCUUGAAAGAAGCCUGGCAACAUUGCAUUUCUUGUCCUUUAAAAAACGCUUCGAUGUUCGAAAUUACAGAAUGCUCUUAAAGAAUUUUAUCUUAUGCUAGUGUCUUCGUGGUUGGUGUUCUGUUCGUUUUCAAUAAGCCAGAAUCACGAAAAAGCUUCCUCCUCAUGCACGCCAAGCAGUCAGCGCUUCUGAAUCCUCUAAUCAGAAUCCAUGUGAAUCUGAUCGAAACUCAUGUCCUUUGGACCUCGCUCUAAAUUGUUCGAUGAGCAAUUUUAAUUUUUUUGCACAUGGUUGGGACCCCAAACUGGCGGGCAAUACUCGUCCUCGUCGUCGCCGCGGGCGACGUCCAGCCCCGGUAACAGCAUCAAACAUGAAUGCGGGGCGUGCACCCAUUGGGACGCCAAUGAGGCUUCCCAUCAACAGCAACUACUCCCAUAACACCACACACCAGGCCUCCUCUCCCGAGCAGUCUCGGAAGCCCGAAAACGAAGACCCGCUUCCCGCUGGUAGGAUUCCAUCCUACCAGGUGCAGACAGAAGCUUUCCUUUCAGCAAUUCAAGCAUCUAUACACCAGCCUACCGCUGAUCCUCACACAAGCCCUUCGGCUUCCAAUACUUCGUUUGCAGCCAGAGCCCGCGCGGCUGAACUCUCUGCUGCAAGAGCCAGACAAGCAAGAAUGGCUUCCAAAAAUCCCGAGGUUUCUCCGCUUGGCUCAAUUCCUCUCAAUUCCCUUACCAAGUUUAAGCCAAGCUCUAGAAGUCGGACCAGAGCCUGGAAGCCUCUCAACCUUGAUGGGUUGGAAGGUGUGCAACGCCCAUCAACCUCAAACUCUACCACUUCCACUCUCGCUCCAUCUCCUGAACGUUCUUCUUCAAAGCUUUCAAGCAUGGUUCAGAGCUCGGGUACAGAGACUAUCACCGAUACUGUCCCCUUCAUGAGAAAACCAACUUCUGUACAAGAAGCUGUAGCUAGAGGGAAUCUGGCACUUGGCUACCAGGGUUCUGUUCCGAGCAACACGUCUCACAAUGCAGGCAUGCUAACUCAGUAUUCCUCCUCUCAGAACAAUCCUACAUCUCAAUUCGUUCCUGAUAACGUCGCUUCAAAUUAUCAAGGUUCGCCGUCCAUAUUCAAGGCGAGCCGGGGAGUCUCUGCGGCUGGUGGCUUCGGAGGGGCUGCCAUGCCAAACUCUUUCCAGAGCCCGUCUCAGGUGCAAGCCUAUUCAUUUUCCAGCGGAGGAUUUCCAGUGGCUACUCGUUAUGGCUAUACUAGGAACCAGCAGCACGGUUUUCAACCCGCUCUGCCUUUCUUCAAUCAAAUGGCUGAUGAUCCUUUCAUUGGUCAGUCCCCUUACGCAGCCAGCCUUGAGAUGGGUGUGGCAUCGAACAGCUUUCAAAAUACGUCAACAGUUCAGGGAGGGGGCUCAUGGGACACUACAAUGGGAAUCGGCCUCGAUAUUUCUACUGUCCAGCCACCUCCUGGCUUUGGAAACCAUGGUCCUAAGACCGAAGAUUCUACAAUUGAGCCAUAUACUCCGACGAUGGCCCUCGCCGAGCGUGCUCGACAUGCAGAGACCGAAUCCUCGUCCGAGAAGCGAGAAAAACUUCUCAGGACCCUUAAAAUCAUUGCGGAGUCUGGCAGGGCUCGUGGAAGUGCCUCUGCUCGAACCGUUUUGUAUGACCCACUCAAAGAACCUUCAGCGGAUGAUAUCGGCAUCGAGGCAUUAUCUCUUGCCGAGCCCGUUCAAACCACAGCUACUCCUCAGAAUGACAUCGCCAGCGCGCGUGGAAGUUGCGGUCCUAUUGGUUCCAGCGAGCCAUUGCCUUGGAAGGACAGGCUCGCUGAUAUCCACACUGAAAACCCGUUCGGUAUCAACCAAACUAUUCAUAAUCAGGUAGUUUUUGGAGAGCACGUCAACGAGUCUAACCCUUUUGCGGUUUAUCUCAAGCAGCCUGUUCUUAGAGAGGAAGAGCUUAAUGCGGGAAACCUUGAACGUCUUCAGCGGGUAGAUGAUUGGUUCCAUCAAGACAAUCGGUUUCCUAGUGAAGUACGCAGCGGCCUCAACCUGGCCGGGGAAAGUGAUGAGCUCCUUCGAGGGCAAUAUAAGCAGCAAAGCCAAGGUCUAAACCAUGAGAACAGUUCCAGGGAAGGUCAAGCGUUUACAACUAAGAAGGGCUCUGCAUUUGGGGCUGUCGGAUCUGGCCGUCCGUCUUCAAAAUCUGCUGCUUCCUCAGUGACCUUGGGAGAAGAGCAACCGCAGAGAAUUGAACAAAGAGCGCUUAGCACUGGUAAAACUGGGAUGGAAAAACUCUUCAACGCCGCUCUCGGUACGCUUCAGGGCUACGUUUCUCAGCCACCAGAGGUACAGGCGGGCAAGUUUGGAAGCUUUGCUCGAGUGCCCGAGUGGUGUAUUGACAGGAGUCCGAAUGGCGCAAGCAGUUUCUUUGGCGAGGACUGGGGAGCGCCACCGCAAAGGAUUGGAAGGGAUCCUCGCUAUCGCUUGUUUGGACAUGAUGCAAGGUAUAACCUCUAUGAGGAUGCUGAACGUCGUCUUGGUAGUGAUGGUUAUGGACGACGUUACCGUUGAUGGGCAAAGGGGCGCCAGUUAACUCGCUAAGUAUGGCUCACCGUGCACAUUAGGUGGAUUUAGGUUAAUCAACUGGUUUAGAUGCUCAACUUGGCUGGACGAUUUUCACGACCUAUUUCUGGGAAAUUGUCCAAGAUCUUGUUUAUGACUUGCAGCUGCCUGGGGCUUCCUCAAGCGGCGCUAAUACGCUUUGCCUUUGUUUGAUCCUCAUUUUCUUUAAAAUAUGGCGAACCCUGCACCCACAAAUAUUCACAGGAGGCAAAUCUGCGCCGAAUUUGGGGAAUUAGGAGAUGCCUACCCCGUUCUCGGGUGAAUAACUGUUAUCAUUUCAUUUUCCUAGCUCUGAUUCACACUUAUCCAAGGAAUAUUUCAAGUACGUAUGCUUCUGAGGCUAUCCAGCACGGC